AAUAUACUUAAGUAUGUGAUUUCAAGCAUUUCUAUCUGAUAUACCUGUUAACGGCUACAACCGAACAAGUUUGGACAGUUGUUGAUUAUAUCAAUGUGUUUAUGGUCACGUACGUAUUUCAUUUGAGACCUUAAUGCUUUCAGGUAGACAAUUUAUAGAUUAAUACAUGGAUUGUUUGCGUCGAUUUUGACUGGAUUCUGGAACUAGCUCAAGAUGGGGUGUGUAAGCAGCCAGGAGGCGAGACAAUCUAGGUUCAGAACGACCUCCAAGCCUGUGAGGAGCGGGUACCUGCUGUACAACGAUGGUCACUCCAAGUGGAAGAAAGUCUUCGCCGUGAUCUUCCAGGACUCGGUGAUGGCCUGGUUCGAGAAACCCAAGAAACGAUACGCCCUUGGACAGACAAACCUUCAGAGCGUGUGUAGCAUGUUGGUGAUUGGGCCGGUGUGUAAGCGGAUCCCGACCUGCCCCAAAAAGAUCCCUAAGAAGUUGAGCUACAGUUACAUGAUCGCCUUUCCACUGUGGGUGCAGCCGGGGGCAACGGGUGCCAACCUCUCCAGCCCCGUCUGUUUCUUCAUGUGCCCGAACGGGGGAUCCAUGGGACAAUGGAUGACGUCAAUAGCAUCAGUGUUGCCACCGCCAGUAGCUCCACCUCCAGGCGGAAACGCGGCCUACCCGCCCGCCCAAAACGGAUACGCCCAGAACGGACAUCCUGGGUAUGGGUUCAACCCGGCGGUGACAGUUAACCCGACAGCUCCUCCCCCGCCCUACAGCCAGCAACAGAACCACAACCAACGGCCACAACAGACGACCGUCAUACAGAAUGGGGGCCACCGGCGAUCCGGAGACCACGAUUUCUCGAAAGGAUUGCUAGUGGGUGCUGCUCUUGGCUAUGGAUUCGGGUCUCCGUGGGGCUGGGGUUGGGGGUGGGGCUGGGGCUACCAUCCUGGGUUCGGCUGGGGAUACGGCGACUACGAUAUGGACGUUGAUGUCGACGUCAACGUCUACAACGACUACGGCGACAAUGACGUCGGUGACAACUUCGACAAUGACGUCGAGGAUUUCGGUGGUGAUGACUUCAAUGACUACGACCCCGGCGUCGAAGGAGACGUGGAUUUCUCCGGUGCGGACGAUUAUGGCGGGGGUGAUUAUGGCGGGGGCGAUUACGGAGGGGCCGAUUAUGGUGGCGGUGACGGUGGAGGAGGUGACGGUGGAGGAGGUGGCUGCGGGGGCGGUGAUGGUGGUGGUGGAGGUGGCUGCGGUGGUGGUGGUGGCUGCGGUGGUGGUGGAUGUGGGGGUGGCUGUGGUGGAUAAAAUGCUUCGAUUCGUCGUCUUGUGAAUAAGGUUUAGAGGCCGAGUCAGCACACCUUUUUAUGCUCGGUCAUCUGUGUUUUAUGAUAUUUAUUUUUACAAUAACCCCUAUCUGAUAUAUUUAAUAACAGCCAUGCAUGUGUGCUUUUAUGAAUUUAUAAAAACAUAGAAUGUUUUUGUUACAAAAUAUAUUCUGUCUUAGCACUGGACCAAACAGAUAUGAUACCACUUUGAUAUUCAGAAACAUGUAGUUUUGCACAUGUAAAGUGUGGCAUUGGUUGCAGGGUAAAAUGAAGUACAGGCCUUUUUAUAACCAAAGCGUUUAAAAUAUAUUGUUGAUCCAUUACCCACACGUGUAAGCCAGGCCUUUACAACUCUAAAUAUUAUUUUCAUAGUUUUCGCAAGACCUUUUUAUAUUCAUGUUAUGAAUAUUGUAUCAAAUAUUCGGAUCAAGAUUUCAAUAUAUAUGCAAAUUCUGAAAUGUAUGUAUCUUAUUUUACAAGCAUAAUAAUCUCAUGACGUCAUAAUUUGUUUCAUUUCAUUAUACUUAGUCGUUUUUACCGGAUAAAGACUUGUAAUGUCAAAACGCCUUGUGAAAGUGAACGUUUGUAUUUUUUAUGAUAUUUAUAAGCUUCGUUUACUCGUAAAGAUUUGUGGUUUUACAACUGAACAUACAUGACGUCAUAGUUAUGUGUCCCGUGGCCCCUACAGGCAACAACCUAAGACAAGCAGAACGUAUUAGGUAACAUCUUAAUGACUUAAAAGUGCUUGCUGGCUUCGCCCUUCUUAAUCGUUAAGAUUAUACAUAAUAUAAUCUAAUAAUUGCAUAUCAAGAAAUAUAUUACGUUUAUCUCUUGACUGGACUACGAUCUUGACUCUACUUUGUGAUGUAGCAUUCUGUACCGAACAGGUUUGUUUGAUAUCUGUACUGUUUGUACAUUUCAUAUGAUGAGUUCCAUGACACAAUUUAUCCGAUACCCAGAUAUGUGAGGUUUGGAUGCCUGAUGAGGGCACAUCUAUUUGGUAUAGUUGGAAAGGGUUUGUGUGCAACAAAAGGAAAACACACCUAAACUAUUUUAACAAACAAGGUUGUUUGCCCUUUAAAGAUUGCAAAAUAUGUCAUUUACAUCCAAUUUAAGUUGAAACAAAGCAAAAACAGGCAAACUGUAAUAAUUGUGUGUAGGAUAUGGUUUCGGUCAUUCAUUUAACAUGUUAGUAAUCAGCAGCAAACAAUUACAAGUUAAAUGAUAUGAAUAUUAUAACAGGUCAUCAGGCAUCAACUCUGAGGGUCAAUAGCUUAUAUGUGGGUCGGAGUACAUAAACUGAUGUGAUGCAUUUUUAAUGUGAUAUGUUUCUCAUUGUUGACAUUAUACACUUCUGAUUGUUGACAUUUUGUAUAAAAAAAUAAAACAUAUUUACAUAUAA